AUAAAAAAAAUCACAUAUUCGAAUAGCCAAAAUAAUUUCGAAGAUUAAACUUAUAAUCUGUAAGACGCUGUAUAAUAAUUUUGCAUGAACAAAUUCAUUAAGCGGAAAUAAACUUUUAUACAUAUCACGCACAGUCAUUAUGAGUAACGGCCGGAAUUAUGUGGGAGUGAUAACAAUAUUUCCCUGCUGAUAGGUUCGAGAGUAAAGAAAGGAUACGUCGUUUUAUCAUUAAAAGAAAAUGGAAAAUAAAAAAUUGAAAAAAUGGAUUACAACUUACUUGCUGCGGAAUCCUGUAAGGAGAAAAAGCGGUCUACAAAAGACGUGACGUUUCUCAUCAUUUUUGGCAUACUAAUUUUAGUAUGGAUCAACAUAGGCAUUCACGGUUUUUUAGCCGGAAAUAUCCCCUCCGAGAUAAUAUCGGAUAUCAAAUUAUGGAUAAACGAUAAUAAGAUCGUGGAGGCACUAUCUUAUAACAAUUUACUGUUGAUCGGAUUCAUCGGAUUUGCAAUAUUUCUUGCGGCACUGUUUCUAAUCAUGAUAGCCUGGAUGACAAAAUUCAUGAUAAUCAUGACGCUGUGCUUCCAGCUGGGAUUUUUGUUGUCAUUCUUUAUCCUAUCGAUGGGAUUCUCUUUCUGUCGCGCUACUCAACUGCUGUUUGCAUUGACUAUCUUCGGAAUCAAAAUCUACGCACUUAAGAAAGUAGGAAUGAAGAUCGUUUGCAAAGUCUUGCAAGAUGUUAUCAAUGCUGUCAACCAUCACUUUCCAUCAUCAUUUAUCAUUGUACUGCUGGAGUUCGCCCUAGGAUUGAGUGUGAUCAUUUUUAGCGUGACGGCUGGAGCUCAUUUGCUGUUCAUUAAAAAGACAACCAGUCAAACCGACUUAGAGUAUGGCAAAGUCGAUGGCUAUUCAAAAAGAUUUCCUUCGAACGAAGCUACUGGCAACGCAGCGAAAUACACCUUCUUUGAAAACAUUGCCGAUGCGGACCCACCAACUUACGUCAUAUAUUUAAUGUCGAUUUUCAUCUGCGUCACUAUUUCGAUCGUUUGUUUCAUAGGAAAUUUCAGACGUAUGCUGUUGCAUGGAAUGUUCACACACUGGUACAGGACAUUGGAUAAACAGAAUAUUUCGAACGCAGUCAGCUUCCGCUACUUUGCCACUAUUGUCAGGCAUCACAUGGGAACCAUUGCCUUCUCCUCGACGAUUUUUGCGAUCGUUCCCGCAAUACGAGCACUUUUCAACUCUAGAAAAGAUCUUCUGAGGCUGAUUAAAAAUCGACCAAGCGCACUCUACGCAUUGUGUUGCGCACUUUGGGAAAUGACGACGAAUGCGUCGAUCACCUGCAUCUCUAAUGGCACUUCCUUGUAUCAGUCAAUGAAAGAUGGGCUUCAACUCGCGAUGCGAAACCCAUUAAAAUACAUUAUUUUGCGCGGGGUUACCUUUGGCUUGAUAGAGCUUGGAGUUUACUUCAUUUUAUUUAUAAAUGUAAAAACCGAGAUACAACUAUACGAUUUAAGAACGAGUGAUCAAGAUCCCGAUCUACACUCAUUGAAACAAGCCACGACGAUUGCAAUCGGCAUCUUUUCGCUGGUAAUAUCAGCUAUAUACCUGUCCAUAUUCAAUAACGCUGCAGAAGCAGUUAUUCUAUGCUUGUUUGAAGAAUCGAAUUCGUCAAAGCCCAUCGACAAAGACGGCGACUAUCUUUGCGAGAAUAACGAAGCGUGAUAAUAUUUUGUCAUACAAUUGUGUAAUUUUAAGAUUUUUUGUGUUAUCAUGCCUAUACAUGUUCGCUUUAGUUUGAAAAUUGCGUAUACUUAUACGAUUUCGCUCUGCGAGAAUCGCUUUAUAAUUUUUGUACGAAAUGCUUUAAACUAUAUAAUUGAUAAACAAUAAAUAUAAAUAUACUGCCAAGUCGA